GUCUACAAAAGACCAAAAUGUCUAAUAACAUGGCCAAGAUUGCAGAUGCAAGAAAAACAGUGGAACAACUGAAACUGGAGGUUAAUAUUGACAGGAUGAUGGUAUCUAAAGCGGCAGCUGAGCUGAUGGCUUACUGUGAGUCCCAUGCAAAAGAGGACCCCCUGGUGACCCCCGUACCAUCCUCAGAAAACCCUUUUAGAGAGAAAAAGAUUUUCUGUACAGUUUUGUAGAUGUUAUUUCUAAGCAACAAGGUUUAUUGUAUUAUUUGCCAGAUUUUCCUUAAACCUCGAGCGAUUUUUUUUGUCACUUAAAUGUCACUUAAAUGUCUAUAAACGUGAAUAGCCUAAUCUCUACAUCUCCACGUGUUUUAGGCUACAAGAACAGGAUUCUUUGGAUUUUCAUUCAUCCAGGUCAUCGUUUAGAUUAGUCUUGAUUGUGGUUUCGAAUCUAUUAUUUUUCCUCAUGGUGGCGCUACAGUUUUUUUUUAAAUGUCUGUUAAUCUCCAUUCAUCAAUACAGCUGCUAUGAGUGUUUGGUGAGGUUGCUUAGCUUACAUAACAGCAAUAAAACAAGA